UUCAACAUUUUUGUUUGAAAUAUGCCACACUUGCCACAAACUUUCCCUCAGACACACCUUUGUCACUGAACUCGUGGGUCAGAAGUCAGUAGUGAAUGGAUACUCUAUGUACAGCGAGCCAUGUAGACAACCAAAGGUGACUGAGACUGAGAUUCAAAGCAGUGAACAUAGAGCGGAGCUAAGCUCUGUCAGCCAACUCACAGCAAAUGGAUUCAGUAUUAUGUGAGUUGAGCAUGUACAGACCUUGUAUUUGGCGUAUAAAUUCUAACUGUCACUCCCGGCAAGCAUAAACUACGCUCAGCACCAGAGUUUAAUGUUUUCCUGUAUCUUUAAAACGAUUAAUUGCUGUAGUGAUUUCUUGCCACAGACAAAUUUAGUUUUAAACAGAAUUACAGAUACGUCAUAGAUUGGUGUUUGUUGAAAUUAUAAUGUAAUUCUUACACGAUCCCGUAAUGAUGCGGAAUAGUCUGAUGCGCUGUUUUUCAUAAUAUACUAUUACCAGUUUUCCCUGUGUGGUUAUAUAUGAGACUAUACAAGUAUAAGAGAGCUGAAACAAUUAGUCGAUUAACUGAAUCAUAUGUGAAUAUAUGCUUGGGGGUCGGUGGGGGGGCAGACCUGGAAAUUUCACGUAUCUGUACCACCUGAGGUGGCAGGCUCAAUGGUCCUAUGUUGUUCUUCACAUUUCAAUGAACAAAUUGAUAUAUGAUAGACCUGUCAAAAGAGUAGCUAAAUAUAUUUUAUAAGCCGUCAUUAGCAAUUAAAUUCAACUUUUGCCUCAAGUUUAUUCUAAUGCAUUCUUGUUAAUUAUACUGCAGGGGAGAACAGGGUAAGAUGAACACCUGGUUCAUCGGUACCUUCAUGAGUACCUGGUGGGGCUGUAAUUUUCUUUGUAAAUGUGAGCAUAUCAUAUGCUUUUUAGAUUCAACUUUAUUGUCAUUAUACAUGUACAAGUACAAGGCAACAAAAUGCAGUUUAGGUCUAACCAGAAGUGCAAUAAGCAAGUGCAGGAUAUAAAGUGUGUGCAUAAAUACAGGAUAAAGCAGUAAAAACUGGAGAGACACUGAGCCUCAUGAUGUACACGCGCCGCCAUCUUGGUCAACAAUGUAAAGUUCCUACCCAGCAUGGACGGAGGGCCAACUGAGGGUGUAGGGGUGGUGGAGGUCCCCGCCAAAGACUUCCCCUCCAUCCAGGCCGAUCACAGCCAGGAUGCCAUGGUGGCUGACCUCCUCCAGCAAGCUGCAGAGGCCGGGGGCGUGGUAGAGGGACACGCUGGAGUCGUCCUGGAUCAAGGUCACGAGGAAGGAAUGGUAGCAGCCACCCAGGCCCAGCAGCAGCUGAUGGAAGCUGCGGUUGGUGUGGAAGGUGGAGCAGGGGUUGAAAUGAUGGUUAUGGACUCACUGGAUCCCACCCUGUUGCAGAUGAAGACUGAGGUGAUAGAUGCUGCAGUCGGGGGAUCAUCAGCGACGGUGGGUGUUGUUGGAGGGGUAGCGGGUGCCGCUCACCAAGCAACUGUAACAACAGUGGACCAGACUCAAAUCAUCACACUACAGGUAGUAAACAUGGAGGAGCAGGCAGCUUUAGGUCUGGGGGAGCUUCAGCUAGUCCAGGUGCCUGUUUCUGCCACUACCGUGGAGGCCCUGCAGCAAGGCACCUUUGUAGAUACGACAGCUAUGCCAAAGGACGGAGACCCAGUCAUCUGCCACACUUUGCCACUGCCUGAGGGCUUUCAGGUAGUUAAGGUUGGUGCUAAUGGGGAGGUGGAGACAGUGGAGCAAGAGGAGGAGGGAGGAGAAACCCACCCUGAAGAGGAGGAAGAUGAGGAGGUGGGAAACCAGCUGCUGGAAGAAGGGGAGGAUGAGCCCAUUCAGCCUCCAAAUGAUGACCCAAACUGGGCUAAAGACCCGGACUAUCACCCCCCAUCUGGAGCUGUCAAAAAGACCAAAAAGGGUAAAAAGAGUCGUCUGCGUUAUGCUGAAGGAGAUAAGGACAUGGAUGUCAGUGUCUAUGACUUCGAAGAGGAACAGCAGGAGGGCCUUCUGUCUGAGGUCAACGCUGAGAAAGUGGUGGGCAACAUGAAACCACCCAAACCCACCAAGAUCAAGAAAAAAGGAGUGAAGAAGACAUUUCAGUGUGAGCUGUGUAGCUACACGUGCCCUCGACGCUCCAACCUGGACAGACACAUGAAGAGCCACACUGACGAGAGACCUCACAAAUGUCACCUGUGUGGAAGAGCCUUCAGGACGGUCACCCUGCUAAGAAACCAUCUCAAUACACACACCGGAACUCGUCCACACAAGUGCACAGACUGUGAUAUGGCUUUUGUGACUAGUGGAGAGCUGGUUCGUCAUCGUCGCUACAAACACACACAUGAGAAACCCUUCAAAUGCUCCAUGUGUGAUUAUGCCAGUGUUGAGGUGAGCAAACUAAAGCGCCACAUUCGUUCUCACACCGGCGAGCGCCCAUUCCAGUGCAGUCUUUGCAGUUACGCCAGCAGAGACACAUACAAGCUGAAGAGACACAUGAGGACACACUCAGGAGAGAAACCUUAUGAGUGCUACAUCUGCCACGCCCGAUUCACCCAGAGUGGAACCAUGAAGAUGCACAUUCUGCAGAAACACACAGAGAAUGUGGCCAAAUUCCAUUGUCCACACUGUGACACUGUCAUCGCACGCAAGAGUGACUUGGGUGUCCAUCUGCGUAAGCAACACUCAUUUAUUGAGACUGGUAAGAAGUGUCGUUACUGCGAUGCCGUUUUCCACGAGCGCUACGCUCUGAUCCAGCAUCAGAAGUCCCAUAAGAAUGAGAAGAGGUUCAAAUGCGACAUGUGUGACUACUGCUGCCGACAGGAACGCCACAUGGUGAUGCAUCGUCGAACUCAUACUGGAGAGAAACCAUACGCCUGCAGCCAGUGUGAGAAGACCUUCAGACAGAAGCAGCUGCUGGACAUGCACUUCAAACGCUACCACGACCCCAACUUUGUCCCCACCGCUUUUGUCUGCCCCAAGUGUAGUAAGACCUUCACUCGCAGGAACACCAUGGCUCGCCACGCUGAGAACUGCAGCGGUGAGGUGGAGGAUGCCGAGAAUGGAGCUCCAACCCCGAAGAAAGGGAGGAGAGGAAGAAAGAGGAAGAUGAGGAGCAGGAGAGAUGAGGAUGACAGCGAGGAGGAUCAGGCUGAACCAGACGAAGAGGAGGAAGCUGAGGGGGAGGGGGAGGAAGAAGCAUCACUGCUACAGGAAGAGGAGGAGGCAGAAAGCAUGGAAUUGGACCAGGCCCCUGCCGCUAUCCCAGUACCGGCUCCUGACGAGCCACCGGUCAAGAGGAAACGAGGCCGACCCCCAAAGAACGCCCCCAAGCCUCCAACACCCAGCAAGUCAGUCAGGGUGGCUGCCAAGACGACUCCUUCUGCUGCUGCCAUCAUUCAGGUAGAAGAUGAGAGCACUGGAGCAGUGGAGAACAUCAUAGUGAAGAGGGAGGAUGGCGAUGCCUCUGCAGCGACACCUCUGGAGCAGGGAGUGGCCCUGACAGUGGAGGGGGUGGGGCUAGAUGGGGAAGGGGUGGAGACUGUCGAGCUGGCUGUGAAUGAGGAAACAGCGGCCGCUGCUGCCAACGGAGAUCUGACACCAGAGAUGAUCCUCAGCAUGAUGGACCGGUGAACAGAACACACAGCCACACACGUGUAGCCGGACUAUGAGUAAAAUUGGCAAAUACACAUUAACAUCUCCACAUCCUUGGCCUUCACCUGAUGUUCCAUCUGUGUGAGCUUUUAAUGGCACACAUUUUGCCUCUAUUAAAGUGGCUGCAAAAAUGGUGGCAGCAAAAACAACCAUGCACAAAGAAGGGAAGCAGUAUGUAAAUACUACAUGUAUAUCGACCUGCAUACUGAUGUUUGUGGGUCUCUCUCACACACACACACACACACACACACACACACACACAAAAUACAAGAUCCCACUGCACAUACUUGUCAUCUCCCACAUCAUAUACAGAUACUGACAGACUGCUCCUUGCUCUUAAAUGCUUUUUUCAGUUUGAAUGUCUGAAUGAAUCAUUGUGUAUUUUGCUACUUGUUUCUACCCAAAGCCACAUCCUGUGUCAGUCUCUACCCACACACUGCAGUUAAUUUUCAGCUCCUCUCCAUGUUGCUCUGCCAAAAGAGAAAUUACUUGAUCUACUUCACUUUGAUUUUCUGCUGGCCUGCUUGCUGUUCUUGCAACUAUGCUGAUUUUGCAAAUUCCAAGCCUUUAUAUGUGUAUAUAUAGAUAUAAAUGUAGUUUUUCCUAAUGAAACAUAGUACACGGUACUUGAGUUUUCCUCUGAGAUACCACUUGCUCUCGGUCAUAUGAUCAGUAUAUCCCCCCCCCAAAGUAUGAUUUCCUCCUUGGCUCGUGUAAACACAUGGUCCAUGUUGUGGUGUUAUUAGUUGGCUGUUUGUAUAUGGAGGCUUUUAUAGUAGGAACAGAAGGAUUCUUCUUACAUGAGCGAAUGGGCACAGGCAGAUACAGUCAAAUUAACUGAAGUCAGUGAACUGUUUUUCAACUGUCUAGUUCACCAGCACCCAACCUUGUUCUAAUGGAAAUGCGCCCUCAGUCAGCUCAGGAAAUUAAAUACUUGAGAUCGCUGCUAAUUAAGUUUCCCAGCACCAACAUAGUUUGAGAUGAAGUUCAUUUUAAACUGUUUUCUAUUUUCUCCUACUUAUCACUGAUGGAAGAUACUUGUCAUUCAUAGCUAAUGUUCCUUGUCCUCCUCCUGUUCCACAUUUUGAAGGAGAAAGUAGAUAGUUUGCCAUCACAUAAACUGAAUGAUCCCUGCCAGUUGGAGAAAAUAUGGAUAAUCCUGAUUUGGUUGGUAAAACAUUGUACUGUAGUUGUGAUUUUUGAACAUUCCAAAUACUUUAAUUGGAAUGGAACAUGGAAUUAUGUCUAUGCAUUUGAAUCAUCUCACUUGAAGUAAUCAGCAGUAACAAACUCCAACAUUGUUUUGCAAGGUAAUACCAGGCUGCCCCCCCCCCACAAUAAUCAGUGAUCACCAAACACGUUUUGCAUGUAACUACACAUUUUAAACCCUUUGCUUUUUGAUUUAUUGUGAACCUUUUUUAAUGUUUUUAAAUAGCUGAUUUGGAGAUGUGUUGGUUAAAAGUUGUUUGUUUUUUUUUUUUUUUUUUUUUCUUUUGUUAGUGCCAUACCUGGUACUCCAUAUGCUGAGUCUAUAAAGGUGAUUUGCAAAAUUACCUUUCCAUCAUGCUUUCCUUCCACAGAUAAGCCCCUCCAAACCAAACUGAAUUGAACUAAUCUGAAUCACUAUCAUUUUUCUGUCUAUAUUCUGUUGCUCAUAGCUAUGUUGUAUAGCUUUGAUACUGUUUUACAGUUUUCAUGUUUGGCCAUUUUGCAGUUGCCACUGUGUUUCUCUGCAGUUGGUUCAGUUCGGUAGCAUGACAGAAGCUUUGUCCUAUUCUGUUGGCCCAAAGUUGCGAGGUUAGUUUUACCUAUAAAGGAACAAGAGGUUUUUGAGUAUCUGCUGAAAGAAAAAACUGUUUGGCACCCAUCUAAAAACUCAUAGUGAAUAAAGUCCAUCUAGUAAAUUGUAUGUAAGAACAACAAAACAGCCUUCUUGUUCUUUUUUGACAGGUUUUCAUACUGUUUUUGGAAGCUGUGUAUUUGUUUGUUGUGCUAUGUGACUUAAUUAAGUAAUCAAGAUCAGCACUGGACUAAGGCCCUGUUAGCCCAAGUCUUGCAGUUCUACUAGCCCUCAGCUUUCAGUCAGUGUCCAUUUGUAGCUGAUACUGAGGUAUGUCCUCGCCUUGGCCCAGGCCAGUCACUCCAAAUGAGAGCCCUGAUUUUUAUAUUUACAAAAACACAGGAUUAAGAUUGCUUGUGUGAAUCAAGGUUAGAACAAAAAGGAAUCUUCAUGGUCCAAAUCUCAACAAAUCGUAUGAUUUGAGUCUUCUGAAGAUGUUAAUCUUAGACUAAGGCUAAAAGCUCUGAAGUGACAGUUUGACCACAGGUUAUGAUGGUUAUGUGGCCUUCCUUUUAUUACAGCAAUACCUGUUAUUGUUAGACGGAACCAUUUCCUCUGUAAAACAACUUUGGUUAGAUGCCCAGUAUUGUAAAAACCAGGCUGUAAGGAACCAUGGACACAGAAAUGGUCACAGAAGAUAGUAGUGUCAAGAUACUGCUAGAAGGUAUGUGAGGAAAUCAAUGUUCAUAUAUCAAAUUGACACUUUUGCAAGAAUCAUUUAGAAACAUCAAUUGUGUGAGUGUACUAAUAUGGUCUGAGAUCUCAUUCUGUAAAACAUGAAAGAACAAAAUUUUCUGUUAUCAAUCUAUCAUGUUAUUGUUCUGCAGGAGGAUGGAUGGAAGAUGGAUGUUCGAUUGUUCCCAUAGCAACAGUAUUGUUUUUUGUUUGCACAUAGCUUGUUUGAUUUGGCAGAAGAAUUGAGAGAACAGUUUUAAGUUGGUUUUAAACACAUUACUGUUUUAAGACCAAGAAAACAGAAGAAACCUUUGUCAUGUAAUUUUUGAAGAUGAGACACUGUACAGCUGAUGAAAAAUAAAAUCAUUCUAAUGGG